CGGACCCUGUGAGUGAAAACAAGUUGUGACGUGGCUAAUCCGUGGACAAAAAAAAGAACCAGACACCCUGAAUCAUUAAACUCUUUACUGAGAAACUAAAAGGCGAAACGUCAAUGAGGUGAAAUAAAGAAGAUAAAACCGAUAUCGUUGUUGAUUUUGGGAAGGAAACUGGGCAGCUUAGCCAGCUCGGGUCACGUUGACUGCUAGCGUCAAGACUUUGACAGGGGUAGAAGGCAUGCCCUAAGACGUAGAGAUGUCAGACAGCGAAGCAACAGCCGCGGAGGCUCCAGAGGUGGCAACGGAGAUUCAGGAUGCCACUCGCGCAGAGACGCCCGACGACGGCUCUUUGCCGUCCGUCCCUGACAACUCGACCGACGUGGCCCCGACGAGGAAAGCCAGGAGGAGACCAGACGUGAAACCUGCGGCCGAAGUUGAGGAGGUGCCAAAAGUAGAGGAGCAGCCGGCUAAGACACUGACGCCGAGUGAGUCCACUGUGUCUCAGGGUGGUUGGGGAUACUGGGGCAGCUGGGGCAAAUCCAUCCUAUCCACUGCAACAGCGACUGUGGCCACUGUGGGCCAAGGUCUCACUCAGGUGAUCGAGAAGGCCGAGACGUCGCUGGGUAUCCCCAGUCCGACCGAGCUCUCGGCGCAAGUUGAGGAAGAGCAGAAGGAGCCCGCUGAAUCCAGCAGCGAGACGGACAGAGCGACGGUCGAGGGAUCAGCGGCGGUGGGAGGGGCGAUGGGAAUGCUGUCGUCGCUCACCAGCGUCGUCCAGAGCACGGGGAAGACGAUGAUAACGGGCGGGCUGGAUGCUCUGGAGUUCAUCGGGAAGAAGACCAUGGAUGUGAUAGCAGAAGGAGAUCCCGGCUUUAAGAAGACCAAAAGACUGAUGAUCAGGAACUCCACUCUGUCUCAGGUGUUGAGGGAGGCGAAGGAGCGAGAGGAGCUGCAGACAGCGGAAAAAGAGUUCUCCGAUUCAGAGUACAAGGCAGUCGCUCACUACGGGAUGCUGUUUGAUGAGUUUCAGGGUCUGUCGCACCUCGAGGCGCUGGAGAUUCUGUCUCGGGAGAGUGAGUCUAAGGUGAAGUCGGUGCUGACCACGCUAUCGGGCGAGGAGCUGGUUCAGCUCAGAGGGGAGCUGAAUCUGAUCAGGGACUCCUUCUCACUGGUGGAGUUUGAUGACGAGGAAGUGGACGAGAAGAAAGACGAAGACGGCUCUGAGUUUGAGAAGGAGUUAGUGGAGGCCUUGGAAGGUCUCGGUGUCCCUGCCACAGCUGACAAACUCAGCAAGGCCUGCAGGAGCACCUGCAGCCAGAUCACUGACAUGAGCAAACCAGCGACGGAGGAGGAGGAGGAGGAGGAGGAGAGCGAGGAAGAAGCAAAGAAAACACCUUCUGUGGAGGAGGUUCAUGCCGCAGCCAUCAGGAGUCUGGCGGAGCUGACGGCUCGAUCCAUCGAGCUUUUCCACAAACUGGCUGAGAUGACCCUCUUCACCAGCGGCAGCACGAAGGCCAGCGUUCUGUCACAGUUAACUGUCGUCCUGUGUAAAGAGCUCUCGCUACUUUCCAAGAGGUUCACCUCCUGCCUAGCAACAGCCGGGUCAAACGAGAAGGGAGACGUCCUCAACCCGCUGAUAACCGGAGUCUUUUUAGAGGCAUCCAACAGUGCGUCGUACAUCCAGGACGCUUUCCAGCUGCUGAUGCCCAUCCUGGAGAUCUCCCACAUCCAGAGGAGAGCUGAAUCCACAGAGCAGUGACGUGUGUGUGUGUGUGUGUGUGUGUGUGUGUGUGUGUGUGUGUGUGUGUGUGUGUGUGUGUGUGUGUGUGUGUGUGUGUGUGUGUGUGUGUGUGUGUGUGUGUGUGUGUGUGUGUGUGUGUGUGUGUGUGUGUGUGUGUGUGUGUGUGUGUGUGUGUGUGUGUGUGUGUGUGUGUGUGUGUGUGUGUGUGUGUGUGUGUGUGUGUGUGUGUGUGUGUGUGUGUGAGAAUCGUCUGCGUCAGCUCUUUUCUAUGGCUGGUGUUCACACUCAGGAGAAAGAAAACAGUGUUAACAUGUGUGUAUUGCUGUUUUAAUUAUUGAGCCCAGUAGACUCAUUACAAGUAGAGCAUUGAAGAGGUCUGGAUCGACCAGCGAAGGCGAACCAAUGCAAUUGUGUUAAACGGGGAAGCAACUUCUUGUUCUUCCUUUUUAUUCCAACGUGUACACUAUUUCCCUCUGACAGCACGAGGUCACCUUAGCUUCAACAUCUCUUAAUUUUAAUCGUCGUAAUUUGUUUUUAGAAAAAGGUGCGUCUCGUGAUAAAUAGUACGAUUUGUUGUUAUUAUUAUUUUUCUCUCUACUGCACAGAGAUAAUCUGUCUUUUAUGCAUACAUGUGUUCCCCAAUGUACAGAGCAUUGUUCUUUUAGUUUUUGCCAACUUUAGCAUCGUCCUCCAAUCGUGAGCAAGCUGGCCGUAGUUGGUUUACAGCACCGUGGAUCUAAUGACGUCCGUUUGGAGAGGGGAAGACGGUUUACUGCCAUGCUUGCAUUUUUGACUCUCCUGCUUUCUUUUGCCCCUGACUGUACAACAAUAUAUCUGCUUGAAAUAAGUAUUUCCUGUCAUAUCCUUGCAUGUUUUUCGAGGCUCUCCGUAUUCACAUCACUUCCCAGCUGCCUUGUUUUCACUUCAGCCGUACGGUCUAUUUGAGACAUGACACUAAUUACCGUUUUAUUGCUGAGAAAUAAAUAAAGUCUCACAUUUUGACCUCAUGGAAUUGAAAAGCACACACAGAAAACAUAUUAUAAUAAUCAGACUGCAACACAGCUUUUUGAUAAUACAGCUCUGUUUUCUCUCUAUUGACCACACUUGUAAAUGUACAAUGUCCAGUUAGAGAGAAAUAUGCAAACAUACACGUUUUAGAUUUCAUCCAUUUCUAGCUCCCUUUUUAUUGCUAUGAACGUCAUAAUUCAUGAGGCUUCAGGAGUUCAUUAACCCCCCCAAAGGAACGUCUUAUCUGAGCUUCCGUUCUAUGAUGCUGAAAUGCUGUGUGCGUGUGUUGUGUCAAGCAAUAUACUUUACUGUACAUCAAGUAUUGAAGAUGGUUUACAAAUAAAUUGGCUUUCAUAUUGGCCUGUGA